AUGGAGCCUGGGGCGAAGGCUUCUGGGUUGAGCUCCCCUGAGGAUGAGAACCUUUCUUUCGUGACCAGACGGUCAUCCCUGAGGUGGGCCCUGAAGCACAGCACCCCGGCGGGAGCUGCCCUCAGCUCGCACUCAGGGUUACAGGGUGAUGUCCCCAGCCACCGGGAAAGGGGCCCUGCAGGCGGGUCCCCACGAGCUGCACGCCCCUCCUGGGACCUCCUGUCAUCCCCAGGAGGGGUCAGCCUCAUGGCCUCCUUCAGAAAGAGGCGGCUUUCCACCAUCGAGGCCUCUGAAGUGUCCAGUGAGCAGCUCGGAUCCAACUCAGACCCCUUUGAUUUUGAGGAAGACCCGCCCGUGCCAGCCUCAGUCACCCAGCAGCAGCAGCGGCAGGGCAAGUCCCCACCAGCAAAGAGAUCACCACCAAACCUGGGAUUGCCCGGGAUCCCAGACACCGCCAGGAAGAGGCCUCGGGACCUGAAGAGGCUGGCAGCUGUGACAGAGCGAGUGAGGCAGUGGGAACUCCACCUGCUUCAGAGCAUCGAAGAGGCCACCCAGCACGAACUCACCAUCGAGGACGACUGA